AUGCCGCAAUCAAGCUUCCCCGGGGAGCGCCAGGCGCUCCUGGCUAACGGUUUUCGGGGUCCCCGACGGCGGUGGAGGCGGCUGGCGGCAGGUGCGGUGCUCCUAGUGCAGAUGCUAGAACGUGCCACCUUCUUUGGGGUCUCCUCCAACUUGGUGCUCUACCUCACCGGCGUCGACCUGGCCUGGCCUGGCGGACAGGCGUCCCGGGCCGAGCUGAUCUUUCUGGGCGCGUCGUACCUGCUGGCGCCGGUGGGCGGCUGGCUGGCCGACGUCUACCUGGGCCGCUACCUGGCCAUCGCACUCAGCCUGCUGCUCUAUCUGGCUGCUGCGGGCCUGCUGACCGCCACCGCCUGCCCCGAUGGCCGCCUGUCCUUCUGCGGGGACACCACCCCGCUGCCCGGCCCCCGGUGCGGGCCCACCCUCUAUUGCGCGCUGCUGCUCAUCGCCCUGGCCACCAGCUCGGUUCGCAGCAAUCUCACCUCCUUUGGCGCCGACCAGGUGACAGUUCUGGGCCGCCAUGCCAGCCACCGCUUCUUCAACUGGUUCUACUGGAGCAUUAACGUGGGAGGGGUGCUGUCACUGCUGGUGGUGGCCUUUGUCCAGCAGAAUAUCGAUUUCCUAUUGGGCUUCUACAUCACUGUGGGCUUCAUAGCUCUGGCCUUCUUCAUCUUCCUCUUUGCCACCCCCAUAUUCAUCACCAAGUCCCCCACUGGCAGCCAAGUGUCCUCCAUGUUGAAACUCACUUUCCAAAACUGCUGUCCCCGGCUGUGGUGCCCCAAACCUGACAGAGAUUCUCAAGACACCCGCCUGUUCCCUGACCAGAGGUCCCCCCAGCCUGGCCCUUCUCCACAAGAAGACAUGGCCAACUUCCAGAUUCUGGUGAAGAUUCUGCCUGUGCUGGUGACCCUGGUGCCCUACUGGAUGGUCUACUUCCAGAUGCAGUCUACCUACGUCCUUCAAGGCCUUCAUCUCCAUAUCCCCAACAUUUUCCCUGAGUCUCCUACCAACAGCUCUGUGACUCUGAGCACGGAGGGCAAAAAAAGCUACCUGUUCCCUGAAGCCUGGCUCCUGCUGGCCAACGUGGUAGUGAUCCUGAUACUGGUGCCCGUGAAAGACCGCCUGCUGGACCCUUUGCUCCUGCGCUGCAAACUGCUACCCUCGGCCCUGCGCAAGAUGGCACUGGGCAUGUUCUUCAGCUUUGCCUCUGUUGUUGUGGCAGGGAUCCUGGAGCAAAUGCGCUUACAGUAUGUCCGGAACAAUUGGACCAUAAAACAGCACAUUGGCAAGAACUAUUAUGAUGCCGCAUCCUUGUCCAUCUGGUGGCAGGUCCCCCAGUACAUGCUGAUCGGGAUCAGUGAGAUUUUUGCCAGCAUCUCAGGCCUUGAGUUUGCCUACCUAGAGGCACCCCGCUCCAUGCAGGGGGCCCUGUUGGGCAUCUUCUUCUGCCUGUCGGGCAUGGGCUCGCUUCUGGGCUCAGGUCUGCUGGCGCUGCUGGCAUUGCCCGGAGGCUGGAUGCACUGCCCCCAGGAUUCUGGGAACAUUAACUACUGCCAGAUGGACCGCUACUUCUUCCUGCUGGCUGGCAUCCAGGCGGCCACAGCCCUGCUGUUCAUCUGGAUCGCGAGGCGCUACGAGAGGACAGCUCAGGGCCCCUCAGGAGAAUGAGGCCU